CUUGGGUGAAAGUGGAAAGAACCUGGAAGGGAAAGGGAAAUGGAAAGCGAAAGGAGGAAGGAGCUCUGAGGAAGAAGGGACAAAGCUCACAAUUGAAUUCAGUUGAACCUGCGGAAGGCAUGUCCAACAACCGCUACCUGCGCUACUACACCUCACUCUACGGAUACAACUUACCCACCCCUCCACCCCCUCUGCUCUGCACAUACACCCCGGCCCUUAGUUCGGUGGGAUGGGAUAGAGUAAGUUGGUGCCAUGGUCUCGUGGGAUUAGGUUGGAUUGGAUUGCCAUCGGUAGCGUCUGAAUGUAUCCCCUUAUUGCUCUCAAUAUUGUCACUAGCUCUGCGUUCCCUUCAUUAUAAUAAGCCUCCCUCCUUCUCUCGAAUCUCCCUCCUUCCUUCUUCUCUAUCAACGCCUCAGUCAAUUCGCUACUUCGUUGUGCCUAUUUCCCACUACCUAAUUAAUACUCAGUCAUUCUUUCAACCCCACCAAAUCUCACCAACCUUCAAAAUGAAGUACACUCUCGCUACCAUUGCUGCCCUCGCCUCCGUGGCCCUGGCUAAGCCUGCUUUCCUCAACACCGAGUUCGAUCUCACUGAGGGCCAGCCUUACACCAUCAAGUACUCUGGCUGUGAUGAUGGCUGCACCAUUGUCCUCCAGAACGGCCCUUCUGACGAUCUCUCUGACUACAAGACCCUGACCACCGAUGCCACUGGUGACUCUUUCACUUUCACCCCCUCUGAGCUUCCCUCCGACACCUACAACUUCAAGAUCACCGACAAGGCUGGCGAGGUCAACUACAGCGCUCAGUUCCCCUACAAGGGAUCAUACGCCGCUCCCUCUGUCACCAAGUCCGCCACCGCUACUGCUGAGACCACUGCUGCCGUUUCCACCAAGGAGUCUACCACCCUUGCCAGCGUCACCAAGUCCGCUGAGGAGACCACCACUGUUGCUAAGCCCAUCAUUCCUACUCAUGCUCCUUCCAAGAACGCUACCACUCCUGCUGCUCACCCCACUCCCUCCAAGACUGGCAGUGCCGGCGGCGAGACCAGUGUCCCCAGCGUCCCCGAGAGCGGUGCUUCUCGUAUGACAUCCUCGCUGGCUCUUAUUGCCGGUGCCGUUAUGGCCAUGGUUUACCUCAACUAAGUUAUGGACAUAAUGUUUUAUGCGCAUAAAUGGGAUGAAGAAAGAGCGGUUUGAUGAGACUCCAGUUUCGGGUGUAUAAUUCUACUUUAAUGAUGGCCUUUGUUUUAUUCUUUUCCGGUUACCCUAUGAGGCGUCGCGGCCGGCUAUAUCCACCGAUGAACCUUGCUUUGGCUUGUCUGAGAGGAAGAAAGCCUGGUAUUUAGAAAUCAAUUAGACUCGAGUUGGUCUGUUUUUAAACACUUGUUUCGUCUUUGUGAUGUCUUUUCAUGCUGAAGACUUUGUAGCCCGUAGAGCAUCUUAUGACAUUGAUCGUGUGAA